AUGGAUCCGGUGGCGAGGAACGUGUUUACCACCCAAUUAGUCCGCAACCUGGCCGAAGAUGCCCCUUCCAUUGACCCAAGCAUCGUAGUCAACACGGAUGCGAGUAGGCUGGUGAGCGCCGUGCCCUCAUCGCUGUACGAUGCAGUCAUGUCUGUGUACAACAAGUCUGUGACCCAGGCAUUCCAUGAAGCGACUGCCGUGGCGUGCUGCGGUGUCUCUGGAGUGGCCGCGCCCACGUACGAUCGCGCGUGA